AUGUACGGCAAUCCUCCACCUACCGCUCCUCAUGGCGGCGGCGCCCAACCCAAGAAAUAUGUCAAGGUUAAUGGAGUGAUGAAAUUGAAUCCUGACUACAAAAGGUGGAAGGAAGGGCAAGGGGUUGCUGCCACCACGGUCCCCCAUGCUGACCAAGCGCUCCCAGUGGUGACCAACAUGGAAGAUCACGAUGCGCUGAACCAGGCUUCGAUUGCUGCGGGAGGUCCCGAAAUUCCUCUUUCCGAGUCCACCAAUGCCACCAUUGAAAUGAUGCAGGAACCCGAAAUUUCUGGCGAAGCUGGAAUGUCUCCUGAAACCAUGGUGGACGAACUGGGCGCCGUCUUGAACAAGUAUGAGGUCCCCAUGGGUCUCAUGAAUAAGCUUAUGAUGCUCAGUGAAUUUGAGUACUUGGAAUUCAUGAUUGACGAUAGCGGAUCCAUGACCUUGCCAUCUGAUACAGUGGAUCCUGCCACGGGAAAAACGCAGACUCGUUGGCAAGAAGCCAAAAAGCGUCUCAAGGAAAUGAUUGAAGUUUUGGCGUAUGUCCCAUUCAACCAAAUUGUAAUUUGUUUCCUCAAUCGACCGGAUCGCGUCCUCAUCACGAGAAAUGGCCGUGCACCACCGGUUCUAUUGGCGGAUUGCAACCAGCAGAUUGAUGCCCUCUUUAACAAGAUGGCUUCCGGUUCCACGCCCUUUUUGGAACGGCUUCAGGAAUCCUUUGCUCGUGGAGCCAAUCGAAAUGUUGCCCGCUAUUUCUUUGGAGACGGUGUCCCCAAUGGCGGAAAUCCAGCCAAAGCGGAGGUUGUCAAAAUUCUUUGCACGCGCCAAAACCCGGAAGGCAAUCCUAUGACUUUCCUCUCUUGUACCAAUGAGGAUGCUCAAGUCGAGUGGAUGAAAGAUACGGAGGAAUUGGCGCCUUAUUGCUCGGAGUGUGAUGACUUCAAGGAUGAGGCGGACGAGGUGUUAAAAGAUCAGGGAGUCGCCCUUCCCUACAGCUACGGUUUCUACUUGGUUAGUUGCUUGGUUGCGGCCAUGAACCCAGACGAUCUCGAUGCCAUGGACGAGUCUGUCCCCUUCACCAAAGGUACACUUGACAAUCUUCUUGGAAUUGAAAGCAACGAGGCCAGCUACAAGCACUACUUUGAUUGCUUCAUUCAAGCACAACAAAAGCGAACCAUAGAAAAUGAUGACUAUGGUCGUCCCAAAAAGACGGAUCAAUUGAAAAAAAGCCAGAACUGGCAAGCCCUCUACGGUGACUUUCUGCGGGCUCCGGAGGCGAAGAUGAUCCCUGCUGUCCAGCAAUUCAAGCAGGCGUUGAUGUCGUAA